CUGGAGAAAUAUUUGAAUUAGAUAAUCAAUUAAAUAGUAAUUUAGAUAAACCAAAGAAAUCUAAACAUGAACUUUGUCUUAAAAGCGAAAACAAACUUUCACAAGGAUCUGAUUCAAACUGUAUAUAUGUGGUGAAGCAAGGACAAUUGACUAUUACAUUUACAUCAGCAGAAAACAACGAACUAAAUGUGAUCAAAAGAAUUCUACCACUUACCAUGAUAGGUGAAUUGGAAUUUUCCACUGAUAAUCAGCGACCAACAAACCUGGUGGCAAAUACUCUUUAUGUUCUAUGGAAAAUAGAUCAAGCGGCUUAUUUGAGGAUGUUGGGAUAUAAUCCCAUUUUAGGAACAACUUUUAUGAGAUUGGCAGUGAAACUUUCUAUAGAAAGCACGACCUGGACUGAAGAUAAUAAUAGAAUUCAGUUGGAUAUAAAGGUGUUACAAUUACAACAAUGGUUAUGUAAACUACAUAAAAAACUUUUAGAUUACGAUAGACCAACACCUUCUUUGAAUCAAGGUGAAAAAAGGCACAUACUUGUUAGACAUGAUGAAUCUGUAUUUUGGGACUCCCGCCUCAUGCGCCAUUGGGAAAAAGGAACAGGUUUGAGUCUUCAUGUCGGUGAUUUUCUAACAGAGGAUUGA